GUAGCGAAGGAACAUAACUAGACGCGGAAGGGUCAAGUGGUCAACCACAAUGGCGAACCCACUUCUUCCUCCUCAUCAUCCUCAAAGUCAAAACCCAAACCCUAGAUUCAAGCGUCACCACAUUCACAACAAUGGCGUGGAGGCCAGUGAUGGGUCUGAUCCUAAUCUUCGCUCUCGUCAUUUACGAAGAAUGGGUCUCCAUCCCUUCCUGCAAACUCGUACCAACCAGUUCCACUGACCUCGAACUCGACCUUGACCACCCUGACGACCUCAAGGUUAUGUUGGUCGCCAAUUUGCUCUUGUUGGGCUCCGAAUCUCCUUUCUUCAACUCCAACUUCAGAGACUAUUACUUGUCCAAAUUCUUUCGGAAAUCUUUUGAAAGUUUGAAGCCUGAUAUGCUGCUAGUCUUGGGAGAUGUUUCUGCAAAAGGUUCAGAGUUGACAAGAAGUAAAUGGGUAUCUGUGCUCCAUCAGUUUCAUGGACUGUUAGGCCCUUUUAUUGGCCUUCCUUAUCACGUUAUUCUCGGUGACAGGGACAUUGGAGAAUGCAGCGAGUUAAAUGUAAGAUCGGUUAAUUGGAUGGCUAGCAAUUUCCCAGGAUUGGACUCAGCCGGUUGUGGUGCCUUUGAAAUUAGUAACAUCAGCUUUGUCUCGCUUAAUGCUGUAGCUUUACUUUGUGGCAAUAAUAAUCUACGGUUUGGUGUUGAAAAAGUGGUAGAGAGAGAAAGUGUGGAUCUACAAAUAGAAACUGAAGGUGCAGCCGAAGUAAUGAAUAAGGCUAGCAAAUUGAGGGAGACAGAACAUAACUUUGGUUGGAAAGAAAAUUCUAUUUCAUCUGGAUCUGGUCCUGUUCUCCUACUUCACUUUCCUUUAUACCAAACAGUAGAUAGUAACUGUAGUGGGUUUAAUGCUUUUAAGAGGACUUUGAAACAUUCGCGAGAGAGUUCAAAUAUGCUGGGUAGCAGGAGGCUUGUCGAGACUGGGCCAUACAAGUUAUCGCAAACUCUCCCACGAAAUGCUACCGAAUAUAUUUUUCAGGCUCUUAAACCAAGGAUUGUUUUCAGUGCACACACCCAUGAAUUCUGUGAUCAACUUCACUCAGAUGGGACCCGUGAGGUCUCUGUUCCAGCCAUGACUUGGAAUGCAAGGGACGACCCUGGAUUUGUUGUUGCCACUUUCCAUAGGAACAGAAGGGCAGUAAGUGUGAGUUAUUGCUCUCUUGCUAGAGAAUCUCACGUUAUAAUAGCCUAUGUAUCUUUUGUAGUUUUGUUUUUGUCAACAAUACCUCUUUUGAGAUAUCUAAGAAUAUUAUAAAUUAAUAAUUCCUCA